AUGCUUUUUACCUCCGCCGCCUCUCCUUUGUUGUUGCCGAUUCUUGAAGGAGGCUGCUCUUUGAAUAGGAAAAAGAGUGGAUCUGCGGGGUCCCAAAUGAAUUGGCUUCCUCAUAUCCUCCUUUCGAGCCGAUCUAAGUCACACUUCCGUCACAGGAUGGGUCAAUACAGUUACACUCAACCGUCAAGUAGUUCCAUAAGGAGUGAGAGUUCAACUGCUCGGCAUCGAGCAGGUAGAACCUUUUGUUUUCCCAACAGUUGUUACUGCGGUUUAGUGCCAGUUAUCAAAACAUCCACUACGGCCGAGAAUUCGGGUCGGAGAUUCUUUGGUUGUCAUAACCAUGCGGAUGGUUUGUACCAUAUAUUCAAGUGGUGGAAUGAGGCUAUAAUGGACGAGUUUGAAGAGAUGAAGCUGGUGGUCGAACAACAAGCUGAUUUAAUUAGUUACUUCAAAAGUAACGAGAGCCAAGUGUUACAUGAUUGUGUUGAUAAACCAACGAUCCGGUAUUGCCUUCAGAAAACAGACACAGAGCUAGCGCAACUGAAGGAGAUGAUUAUUGAGAAUCGUUACAGAAGCGUCGAGGUGAAGAAUGCGAUGGUAGCGUGUCUAAUCAUCUUAUUCGGUGACCCUCUAAUUUUGUUACCGAUUGUCGGCAUCUUCUCCUUUUCGCCGCCGAGGCUUCACCGUCGUUUGAAGGAGAAAGGUAAUCUCUCUUCUCUUCCUCCCAUGGUUUCACCAUCGUCUGGAAACCACUUGGUUCACUUCGAUUUCAACUUUGAUAUCUCUCAAAGAUUUUGGUUGUUGAUGAUAAUGUCUGAUAUGGAAUUUCCGUUGAGGCUUUAUACGAAAGGCCAAGAACCUCCUCCGGCUAAAAGCAUAGGUUAUUAUGCAGGUGAUAAAAAUCUGUUUGAAACUCUAGUUCAAGAUGGUGUACUACAACCAGAUGAAUUGAAUGAGCUUUAUUACUCGAAACUGGGUGUGUUCCUUCAAGCGAAUCUGGAAACUCCGGAAGUGGAGGUUACCGAUGAGAUGAAAGCAUUCUGGGAGCUUCUAGGAGUGUAUUUGGAGAUGGGUCAAUGUAUUAAUGAUUUAGUUGCAGCUUGUGGUGCAUGCCAAUCAUGGCCUCGGGUCGAUCACAUGAGGUUAGGAUAUCUUUGCAUCUAUGCUGGUUACAUUGAAGAUGAUUUUGUGAACUACCCGUGGGGACGAGUGGCUUUCAAGAACUUGUUACAGUCUGUUAAGGAUAAAGAUUUGACGAAGUCGUCUUAUGUGAUUGAGGGAUUUGUACAAGUUCUCCAAGUUUGGGUGUAUUGGGCUCUACCGAAUUUUGCAAAAGAAUUUGGUGACCCUACCAGUGUAAAGAGCUUUGUUAUGAAGAAUACUAUGGUAGAGAUGCUCCCUUUCUGGGAUGCAAAGGUUGAUAACAUUCUCAAGGUAGCAUUUGAUAAAGGCUGGAACUGGAAAAAUAGUCACUGGCCAGGUGUUGGUGUUAAGUUCUACAAGUGUAUCAAAUAA